AUGGCGCAGGGCCAAUUCACCUGCCGCUGGGCAGCGCUCUCCCUCUCUAACAUCGCCUCCGUCUUCCUACCAGACCUGCUCCUCCCCCGGGAAUCUUCCGCGUCCAUCAAACAUGAGCUCGUCUCAGUUAGUACGACCGGCAGCGCUUCUCGUGCAGCCGACUGGUUGAAACAACACAAAAUAUCCGAUGCCGAAUCCGUCACUAUCUACCACUCCUGGGAAGAAAUGCUGGAAAAAGGAGACUUCGACGUCGUCUACAUCUCCACGCCACACCCCUUGCACUACGCCCACGUGCAAAAAGCCCUACGGUGCAAACGCAAUGUGCUCGUUGAAAAACCAGCAACGAUGAACCGCGCACAAUUCAUUCAACUGUGCCAGCUAGCAAAAGAGCGAAAUGUCGUGCUCAUGGAAGCGAUGUGGACGCGCUAUCUCCCUGCUACGCUCUACUUCCAGCAUAAGCUCCUUCCGCGCAUCGGCGAGGUGAAACGCGUCUACGCCGAGUUCAGUUUUCCGAUCGUGUCACCGGAUUUGAGUCACGAAAGCCGGUUUCUCCAUAAGGCGGCUGGAGCGGGAAGUUUGUUGGAUCAGGGCGUAUAUGCAUUGACGUGGGCUGAUCUCGCGCUAAAUUGUCUUCCAGCCAGUCAAGACAGGACGCAGACCGAAGUUGUGCAUGCGCAUUCCAUGCCGGUCCCGGGUGUGCACGGGGAGGUGGACGAUAUCAACACCAUCAUACUCUCCAAAGUAAAGAAUACUGAAAGCGGCAGCAAGCGACAGGAGGCGGUCGCUAUAGUCACGACGAGCAUGACUCUUCCUGGCUCCAGCAAACCGGCUUUCUAUCAACGGUUACAGGCCACAAAAGCAGCACCGGCUGUACGUAUCGAAGCCACCAAAGCGUCAGUAUCUAUUCCCUUCCCUCCCAUCAGACCUCAGGAACUACUUGUUCAGUGGUAUGACGAGGAGCAUCUGGAUGAAAAUGGCAUGGAGACGGAGGAGGUGGUCGAAAUGCCAGUGGAGAGGGGUUGGGGCAUCUGGUAUCAGGCUGAUGUUAUCGCGGAGAGAGUGGCGAGGAGAAAGGGGGGUUCUCAGGGCAUGGGCGAGGUUAUUGGCGAGGAGGAGAGUGGAAGAGUGAUUGGAUGGAUGGACCGUGCUAGAGAGAUGGCCGGUAUUGUGUAUGAUGCGGCGCUUGAGGAGGUGUGA